AUGCGGGGGUGGUGCGCGCGCUGGAGCGGGCCGGGGCGCGCGCGGCUGCGCUGGCUGGCGGCGCUGCUGUGCUGGGGCGCGCUGGCGGCGCUGGCGCUGCCCCGCCUGGGCCCCGCGCCGCCGCGCGCGCGCCCCGCGCCGCCCGCGCGCCUGCUGCUGCAGUCCGAGCCCGCCAGCACGCCGCAGCCCUCCACGCCGCCGCCCGCGCGCCCCGCCACCGACACGCGCGUGCUCUCCGAGGACGAGCUGCGCGCCGACGCCGAGCGCCGCCUGCCCUCGCUGCCGCUCGCCUACUGGCACCGCCACCGCAACGACAAGAACAAGUUCUACAAGAAGAAGGAUUGCGCGCCCUUCCCCUCCAUCUACGACCUCGAGUUCCACAACACGUACUGGCAGACGUUACGCGUGAAAACAGACGUGUUCCACCUGUACGGUGCCUACAUGGACGCGCGCAACACGUCGCGCAUAGGGCCCGCCGUGCGCGUGCUGGCCGUGCACGACCGCAUCAAGCCCAACCUCACGACGCACUGCCAGCUGUGGUUCGAGGAGCGCGAGGCGCCCGUCGUGGUGCGCAACCUCGAGUACAAGUACGUGUGGAACAGUAAGUGGGGUAACUACCGCGACGGCGUGCUGCAGCCCUACCUGCUGGCCUGCGUGCUGCCGCCCGACGUGCGCCAUCUGGUGCCCGCCUCCGUGAGCAUCGUGGUGGAGCCCUGCGACCGCGCCACCAACAACCUGCGAGUUCACUACGACCGCCCGCAGCCGCCCGCCACGCAGAAAGAGUUCGCCGUCUGCGUGAAGGGGCUCGACUUCCUGCACGAGGACCUGUCGGUGCGGCUCGUCGAGUGGAUCGAGCUCAUACGCCUCAUGGGCGCGGACAAGAUAUUCUUCUACGAGUUGCAGGUACACCCCAACAUAACGAAGGUGCUCAACUACUACAACGAGCUCGGCGUGACCGAGGUGACGCCCAUAACGCUGCCGGGCGGCCAACCGAACCUGCCCGGCCUGCAGCACAUGUAUCUCAAGAAGAAGACGACGCACAAGCGCCAGAUGGAGCUCAUCCCGUACAACGACUGCCUGUACCGGCACAUGUAUCAGUACCGCUGGCUGGCCUUGCUCGACAUAGACGAGGUGAUCGUGCCGCUGGAGGACGGCGACUGGAGCUCGCUGAUGAAGCGCGUCCUGCCGCUGGCCGCGCCGGCGCCCGGCAAGCCGCCGCGCUCCUCCUACCACGCCUCCAACCUAUACUUCCUGGACUCGCUGCGGCACGAGCACGGCUGGGAGGAGGGCUCGCCGCGCUACCUGCACAUGCUGCAGCACGUGUACCGCACGCGCAACUUCACGAAGCCCGGCCAGUACGUGAAGGCGUUCCACGAGACGGCGCGCGUGCUGGCGCUGCACAACCACUUCCCGCUGGCGUGCCUGGGCGGCGCGUGCUCGUCCUACGCGCUGGACACGCGCCACGCGCGCCUGCAGCACUACCGCGCCGACUGCGUCACGGCGCUCAGCAAGUCGUGCGCGGAGCUGCGCGCGCAGCCCGUGCGCGACACGGCGCUGUGGCGCUGGCGCGCGCCGCUGGUGGCCGCGGCGGACGCGGCGCUGGCCGCGCUGGGCUUCCUGCCGCCGCACCGGUGACCCACUGUGUCCUACUCGAUGCUAGUAUUAAACGUAUUUUUAUAGUU